GUGCAGGAGACACCACAACAUACACUCACUCUGAACUACAGUGACCGGAAAUAAGCAGUGAGUUCUACCCGGGCAACAAACAGACAGCACCUUGAACGCUCGGUAGCCGAUUAUUGCACACAUUUUCACCACGCUGUAGUCGACGAUCUGUUGGUCACAGUAUCCAAGAGAUCAAUCAUGUUGACCUUCCAGACCAUCCUCGUCCUGGCUAUUGUAUGUUUCGUAGCCUCGUUCGAGGAUACAUGUCCAAAACAAUGCCAUUGUCUUCACGUAUCUCAUGAAGAAGCGCCACAUGUAGACCAGGUGCACGAGUACAUGGAAAAGUAUAACUGGGUUGAUGGGAAGAUGGCUGUGGCUUGUUUUGGGAGAUCACGCAUACCAACUGAUUUAAGUGGCGAUUUAAGACGAGAUGUGAAUUAUAUUUUGAUGAUUGGAUCAAAGAAGAAAAGGAACAAUAUACAAAGUGAUCAACCAGAAUACCAAUCUCUGACACCCGUGGCGUCUCGUGGCAUAGUAAAAAGACCUGGUCAGUUAAAGACUAUACCAAUUGAUUCAUUUCAAGGCAUGACAAAUCUUCUGCAUCUUGAUGUUAGUGAAAACCGAAUAAAACGUCUCCAAGGUGACGAGUUUGAUGAUCUACAAAAUGUGAGGAUCCUGUCAUUACGCGGCAAUCGUAUUAGAGAUCUUCCAGCGGGUGUGUUCAAGAACUUGUCAAGCAUUCAAACAUUAGACCUGUCUGAAAACCGUCUCCAUGGUGUCAAAGAAACGAUAUUUUACUUCAUGCCGAAUUUACGAAAGCUUUUAAUCAAUAAUAAUUUAGUAACUGCUUUGACUGACUCGAUUUUUGAAAGUUUGCCAAACUUGGAAGUCUUGAAUCUGGCACAUAACAGGAUCCGAUCCUUCUCCCCAGAGUGGCUAAAGGAUUUACGGCAGCUCAGAGAAUUGAUUCUCGAUGGUAAUCGUAUUGACUUACUGUCUUACGAGUUCUUCACUGGUAUGGACAGCUUAGAAACCCUUUCUUUGAAGGACAACCGGAUCGCUCAAAUGUCCCAUUAUGUGUUCUAUUAUUUACCAAACUUACGAUCCAUUGACCUUUCCAACAACCAGAUCAAUGAUGUCGAUUCCACGAUGUUGUGGAGUCAGGAGAACUUGUAUGGAAUUGACCUCUCCUAUAAUAAUAUCUCAAAAAUUGACGAUCUGGCAUUCCAACACACAGCAAACCUGGUUCAACUUAAUUUGGAAAACAACAACAUUGAUACGAUUUCAUCGAAUACAUUUUCUGGACUUAGAAACAUUAUUCAACUUCGUUUAUCCUCUAACCAAAUUGCUGAGAUCCAAUCAGAUGCGUUUGCAGACAUGUUACAACUGCAAAUCAUAACUCUGUCCAAUAACCGUCUUGCGAGAAUUGAACAUGAACUUCUCUCUGGUCUAGAUAUGCUUCACACAUUAUACCUUGACAACAACGAGAUCACCGACUUAAGUGGCGAAGAAUUGAACAGAUCCCCAAAAAUUACCUGGUUAUAUCUGAGAAACAACAAGCUUCAAAAUUUUGGUCCCCAAAUAUUUCAUGGUCUACACGAAUUGCAACUUGUAGAUGCGAGUUAUAACAGCAUAGCAAAUAUUGACAUUGAUACUUUUAGUCGGCAGAUGAACUUAAAAACCCUGUUCCUCAACAACAACCAACUAAGAAAGAUAGAUGAUGGAGUAUUCAGAGCGGCAAAUAAUCUUGAGAUCUUUGAUGCAGGACACAAUGCCAUUGAAGAACUGUCUCGAGGUGCAUUCACGGGAAUGGAGAAGAUAAAAAUUGUGAACUUAGAAAACAACCGAUUGGAGGAAAUUUCGCCAACGGUGUUGUAUGACAUUCAUGGUGUCGAGCAACUUAAUUUGAAUGGCAACAAUCUUCAGUUGCUACCAACGGAAAUGUUCACCACGAUGCAUAGCUUGAAAAUUUUAUUGCUCGCCAAUAACCGCAUCAACACAUUGACUAUGCCACUGUAUCCCCAAGUACAACUUGUAAAACUAGAUCUCUAUGGCAACGAAUUGGACAGAAUCAGAGGUUAUAUCACUGUGGCUCUUGCUGACCAAGCCUCUGUAAAUUUGGCAGGUAACCCAUGGAGAUGUGAUUGCCACAUAAAGAAUAUAUUAGAACUGUUCAAAGAUGCAAACAUAGAGAUUACAACAUUAGACGAAAUGCAGUGUGCUGCUCCAGAAUACUUGAAAGGUCAACAGCUUGAGGGAUUGAAUGCGGAUGACACCACGUGCGAAUUAAGCUGUCCAUCGACAAAAAUCAUCCAAUGUAUUUCAGACUUCCUCAAAAGUAGUGACACAACAACCAAAACAAAAGCUGCCCCCUUCUUAUGACCAAUUCGAGUCAUCAGACAAGUCACAACCGACACCACCGUCCUCAGCUCAGUCACAUUCAUCAGAGACUCAGAAGGAACCUGUACGUGUUAUUACAAACAAUCGCCAACUGCCAGCUAACUAUGGCCACGAAGAUAAGAGGAUUGUGGACUAUCCGACUCUGUGGCCUUGGCAUGCCUUGGUAUGGGAUGACGCGUCAAACACCAUACUCUGUAACGCGGCCAUAAUUGGGGCCAAAUGGAUCAUCACCACAAAGAGCUGUUUCGACAAGAAGUUUCUUAUGUACGAUUGGCAGCCUAUCGGAAACUACGGUACAACAGACCUCAUUCUCAAGCCUCAGAAAAUUAUCGUCAAGCUAGGAAAAAACAGUGAUCUUUUUGGGUUUGAAAGAAACGAAAAGAAUUUCGGCAUCAGAAACGUGUAUGCCCCCAAUUCGGCGUUUGACUUUGAAACCUUGGUGAGCGGUCGGGAUUCUCCCGUGCUGAUAGAACUACAGUCAUCUGCUAUGCCCUUCACCGCAUACAUCCAAUCAAUACCAUUAAAGUUUGGUGGUUUUUAUGGAAGCAACACACGAGAAACAGAUAAAUCUAGAGCGGUGAUGUCCAUUUGGGGGUCUGAUUCACGAGAUUACUACCCAAAAGACCAACUUCGACGCAGUCCCAUGGAAACUGUUCCAUGCUCGUUUUACAGUGAGCGAUAUAGUUUAUGCGCAGGGAACGCGGAUAGCAUGACACACUGACCCCAUCUGUGGAGCAAAAUGUAGGAGCUCCUCUUGUUAAUAAAGAAGGGAAUGAUGACUGGCAACUAGUUGGAUUGAAAACAGAAAAGACGGAAGGUGACGUUGAUGUUUUUGUUCGACUAAGAGAAUACACCGACUGGAUUUAUCGAAGGGUGCAACUAUGAAAGAACUAUGACCACAAAAAACAUGAAACUGCCAUUCCAACUUUUCAGUGCAAAGUUCUUGUAAAGAAAACUAUCUGAAAUCUGAAAAGACCUAGCUUCUCAGAGUUAGCUGGACUAAUUCAAUAUAAUAUCGAAUAGAGCCACCACAAGACGUUAUGAAGCUAGUAUAUCGUAUUGAUGUGUAUGCAUUGUUACUGACGUGGCUGAUUUAACAUAACAUUAACGAGGCAACACGGAUAGAUAUUUUUAAAUAGUCCUAUUACAUUUUGCAUGCUGAUAUACACUGGCGUAUAAUUUAACAUAAACUAAACUAGUUUAAUAGCAACAUAUAUAAUAGUAUUGGAUGGAAUCAGAAUAACGCAUGCAUGUUUAAGUAAUUCAUUAUCUCAUUCAAUGAAAAAUAUUCUGCAUGCAACUACAGUGUGUAUUACUUUCCCAUACGCCGUAACUGUAAAUUAGCAUGCAAUAUACUGUAGAUGGAUUAUGUAUAUAUAUCCACAUUGUCUCUUAAAACUUUAUAAGAAAAUAAUUAAAUGUUUAGUUCUAUUUUCAGAACUGCCUUUUCCAAACUAAAUGGUGCUGAACUGUUUUAAUAUUCAAAUUUGCAAGAUAUAAUUUAAUCAAAGGCAUUUCCCGUAAAUUGGGUUGUAUGGCGCCAUCUAGUGUCGAAUAUUUAAUGGCAGCACCAAACCUCAGGCGGUGCUGCUUUAAUAGAAUUACAACUCCAAAUCCAUUGGAGGAAAUUUUUUAAACUUUUUACCCUUUGAAUAUAUGAAUUUUUAAACAUAUUUCUAGCGUUUUUCUCUCUAAAUAUCUGUUUUUAAAAACAUAGUAGUACGCAUUAUAAAUUUAGAGACUAGUUUCUAUGCACAGCCUUGACUUUUGUAUGAGAAUAAUAUAUUGUUCUAUUCUCUUUUCACAAUUAAAUUUUCAAUUUUUAUA